UGGCAGUGUACAUCAACUCUUCCUUUCCUGCGCUACGUGCAUCUCUCUGGCCAUUCCCAGGGCUCGCAACACGACGUCGAUACGCCCGCUUACGCUCAUUCAAUACCCACGUCAACGAUACCAUUACCCUACGUCUACGCUAUCACCAACCUAAAUGCCUCCCGGGUCUUCCCUUUUUCUCGGCCUCGAGCUGGCGGUAGACCAGCUACGCGCCUCGAUCGUAGAUGAGAGUUUGGACCUCGUUGGUGUCGAAUGUGUUGACUUCGACACGGAGCUUGCGGAGUACCAGACCCAGGGCGGGAUCUUUACGACCCCCGGCGACGCCUACACGACUCCGGUGGAGAUGUGGCUCAAGGCGCUUGAUACUCUCCUUGAGAAGCUUCAGCGCAACUACGACCUUGGCCGGAUAAAAACCAUCGGAGGAUCGGCACAGCACGCCCUCGUUUGGUGGAAAUCGACUACUGUCCCCUCGCUUUCUUCCCUGGACCCGCACACUCCAUUCGUCGCUCACUUCUCUUCGGCUCAUUUUUCGCUCCCCAACACUCCUGUCGCCCAAGAUAUCUCGUCUCACACUCAUGCUCUUGCCAUUGAGGGUAUGGUUGGCGGUGCCGAUCACAUGGCCGCCCGCGUAGGAGGCGCCUCGAAUCCCUCGAACAUCUGCGGUCAGCUCUUGCGCAUUCGCGAAACCUGGCCGCAAGACGUUUGGGCUCGCACUGGCCGGGUCCAGCUUGCCUCGGCAUUUAUGGCGUCUCUUAUCAGCGGCAAGUGGAUGCCGAUGGCGGAGACCGAAGCUUGUGCCUCUGGGAUGUGGUCACACUCCACGGGCAGCUGGGAUGAGGGCAUUCUUGAUAUAGUCGGUGGCUCCCGGGAAGAGGGGCGCCGAGUCCGGGGUUGGCUUGGUGAAGUGGACACGACGAGUGGCGGACGACGUGCUGGAAACGUCGCUCGUUAUCUUGUGGAGCGUUAUGGCUUUGAUCCAGAGACCGCAGUCACGCAAUUUACGAACGAUGGACUGGCUGCCUACCUGUCUCUGUUGCCGGCACCCUCGGAUGCGGUACUGCAGUUCGGUCCCAUGGAUGUCAUGAUGGCCCCCGCACAGCACUACAUCGCCACUCGGUUGUACUCUCUGUUCCCACAUCCGGCUCAGGAUGCCAACGAGAAGCGUCGAUACAUCGCCGUUCUGACUAACCGCAAUGCGGAUGUACCCAGAGCACUGGUUCGGGAUAUGUAUACUAAAAGUUGGAGUGCAUUUGACCGCUUGGUAGCGAUCGUGCCCCCAGGGGGAUCGAUUGGUCUGGACGACAAACUCUUCUCCUUCUGGCAUCUGCAGGGCGAUGCGCAUCCGUUUUCACAUGUAAAGGGCAUAUACCGCUUCGAGACGGGGACGAAAGUGAACGAGUUCCGGGACUUGCGGGCCAAUCCGCGCUGUUUGUUGGAGUCCCAAGUGCUGUCCCUGCGAGUCAAGUACGCGAAGAUGAUGGCAACCGGCGUGCUUGCUCGCAGUGCUGCUCGUAACGGGGUACCGAGACCCCCUCCCCCGGCUUCUAGUGCGCUGGGGGUGAGCUUCGAUCCCUAUGAUCCUACACCAUUACCUGGUCGUAUCAUCGCCACCGGAGCUGCCGCCAAUUUCCCCAGUGUGGCGAAUCUCGUUUGCGACGUGUUCAAUGCCCCUGUAUAUGUUCCCACAACGCAAAUCGCAUCGGCGCAGACCUCUCCCCACCGUAAUGCACCUGCUCCAGGCUGUCCGUCACGUGCGUCCCUUGGAUCUGCUUAUGUCGCUCGAUGGAUCUGGGGUCGAGAAUGGGGUGUCGGUGCUGGAAGCAGUGGCUAUGCAUUCGAGGAAGAGAUUCGGCGGCUGAUGAGUAAACGAUACCAAACGUCUGGAGCCCCUCGACCGAGCUUGAAUGUCCCCCGGGCCCCGGGCACAGCACCAGGCAGCGGAGCUAGCACGCCUUUCAACCGUCCGCCGCCUGCCCUCGCACCCAAUGCACUGGUCGAGGAAGAUGAAGACGAAGAAAACGAGCCGGAUUCCCGUAACUUGCGCUUGCCCGUGUUUGGUGGCGGAUACAAUGACGGCCUGACACCCAGCUCCAGCACCAACAGCAUGGGCGUAUCGUCCAUCGCAACCGCAUCCACAGCUCACACAUCUCCCGAUCCCAAUCUGGGCCUGCUCAGCCCUGCGAUCGGGUCCAACGGUGCAGCAACUGGAACUCCCACGACGCCAACUCCCUUGACGCCUGUUGCGCCGAUGCCAACCGCCGAAUCCGAAGCCCAGGUAGGGCUCGCAAAAGUCGCCGAGGCCGAUUACGAUGCGUUCUUGGCCUAUGCUGCCAUCGUCCCAGAGUACUGUCGACUGGAAAACAUGCUAAUCAAGGGCAUCGUAUGAUGUCUUUGAUGACUGACUUGCUGACGAAUUGCUUUGCGUUGAAAUCUCUUCGCUGUCGAGCUUUUAAAUUCAUCCAUUCUAUUCAUCUUUCUUCGUCACUUUGCAACCUGUACAUAUACAAUAUACGCACAAGUAGUAGUACCGCGGGCUUGAUUUCUGUAAAAGUAUCUAAUCGGGGCGGGAGUGAUUUUCUUUGGCAUUAGCCACCUUCACCUUCAUCACUCAUCCUCGUUCUUUGCACUAAUCCACCAGGUCACGAGCCUCCAUCAAUCUUGACUUUGUCCUGGUCGACUAGAACGCGUGCGAAGCUCGGAUCGAAAGUACUGUGCUGGGCGCCGUCAUUUACCACCUAGCUCGUCUUCCACUCAUGUCCAGGAGUCCGUCGCCUAAACGAGUCAAACUUGAAUCUUCACCUGUAGCAAUCAAACUCGAAGACCUCCAGGACGCACCGCCCCAGCAUGCAUACGAUGAAGACGACGAGGACGACGGAGAGCGAUGCAGCAUAUGUUUGCAAGGGAUGCUAGACCGGACUGUCAUUCCCACUUGCGCCCACGAGUUCUGUUUCGACUGCCUGCUCAUUUGGACUGGCCAGUCCAGAAGAUGCCCGUUAUGCUCACAAACGAUCGGCGACUUUCUGAUACACAAGAUUCGAUCCCGCUACGACUACCAGAAGCACUUCUUGGCACCGUUGAGGACUUCACCGGCACCGCUCCUUCCGCUGUCACGGCUCCCGGGACGACCUCGACGGCGGCGUGUGAGGGAACGAGAAUGGGGCAGGCGGGAGCCGACGGAGCAAGAUGAGGCGGACAGGUUGGACAGAGCGAUCUCUCAACGACGGUGGAUCUAUGAGCACGGGCUCUAUGCGAAACACGUUGCGUCCAAUGCUUAUACGCGAUAUCGCCCUUACCCGACGCCAUCUCAGUUCGCUGGGUCGACAGAACUCAUUUCGCGUACAACUAUGUUCCUCCGGCGAGAGCUCCAAGUCUGGAUGAAUCUGGACGUCGAGUUCCUGACGAAUUUCGUUAUUUCGAUUAUGAAAGCCAUAGACAUCCGCUCCGAAUCGGCGGUGAAGCUGCUCUCCGAGUUUCUCGAUCUCGAUACGAUUUACGUGGAAGGAAGUCGACACCCCAAUGCUGAGCAUUUCGCACACGAGGUCUAUUCCUAUGUCCGAUCGCCCUACAAGGAUUUAUUCAUAUACGACACGGUUGUCCAGUAUGAAAACAGUCCAGACCGCCAUGCUCCACAUGUGGAAGAGCCGUUGAGGAGAACGAGGUGGCGCGAAUCCAGCCCACGCAGUCCGAAGCCACCACUGCCUCGAGCUAGUUCACGCUCCAGAUCUCCCCCGCCAAAACGCGUUCCACGGGAGAAAGCGCGUGAGAGAGAACCGGAUGAACAUACGUCUGGAGGUUCCAGCGGGCUACAUCUGUCAGAGACUCAGGUCCCUACUGACAAGUGCCGUGAUGAUGAAGAAGAUAUAUCAAUUGCCCGCAGGGAGGAUGCAGAUAAAUCCAAAUCUCCGGCUCAUAUCAUCGACGCCGCGAUCACUCGGAAAGCCGAAGCAUCGCAUGACGAUUCACGCCCCAAAAAGACCCAUCGAAUCAAGCACCGCAAUUUAUUGGAGAGCGUGCAGGCUCAUCUAUCAAGUGAUCGCACAGCCAAACGGGACUAUCCGUCGCGACUCGAUGAGCUGCGUGGAGAUGACGACCUCGAGACGCCGCCCACAGAGAAGCAGCACGACACUGGCCACGUGGAGGAUCCCGCACUACCGGGCGAUCAGGCCAAGAUCGUUCCCCCGUUACCUUCAGAGCCGGAUGGCAACGAAGUCGCUGCCGGAAAUGACCGUCUCGGCCGACGUGCACAGCUGCUACAGCGCCUGUUGGAGGAACGCAGCACGGGAGGGAAGACCGCUUCCGAAAUAGAUGUCGUCGAGGCUCGGCUUCGACGACAAACGCAGCUACGAGUUCGAUUGGCUGCUGAAAAGCAGGCUUCACGUUGUAGUUAGCAAACAUUGCUGAAGGAUCUGGAGAAGCCACGUUGAAAAAAGGGUUGACUUUUGUGAGAAUUGCAAAUUGGUCUACGGCCAGAAAACACAACAAGUAGGUCACUGAGUAAAUAACUGUAAUAACUGUAGGCUAUUGAUACGAAGAUGGCAGGCAAACUACUACAAGGAGCGAAUGAUGAUAGCCAAGUGUUAAUACAUUUCCGAAGCGCGGUUAAGUAGGAGAAAACGGAGAAUAUUAGGUCAUUAGCGUCAGUAAGGUAGCUCUGGUACAAAGGAGAGGACGUGACUGUUCAGACAACAGAAAAGAGAGUGAGACCGUCUUGGAGGACGUGACAAGGGUCGUGAGUGACAUGCAUUAAGCAGGAGGAGCCCCCGAGCUGGGGCCAGGGCUGUUGCCAGACGUCGGAGAGUAGGGCACAAACAUGGCUCGCACGGGAUCAUAGCGGCCAGUGUGAUACGCCCGGGAGGUCUCUGUCCGGGGCGUCUCAUCGCGCGGUGUGUCUUCCCGGAUCAUCUCUGACUCGGAUUCGAAAGCAAAGCUCGACGGGGGCGACGACGAGCUGUCGCGCGCCGAGACGGAGCCGCGGGAGAGCGAUGAGUGCGCGUGGGACGAGGAGCUGUCCCACUGCGGCGCCGGCUGCAGAGUAAAUGGCGGCGGCAGCCCGAGAGAUGAGGAGUACGGCCGAUGGCCAUAAUAGGCAAAGGUCGGCGAGGGAGACGGGGACGUCGGGAAUGUGGCGUUGGACGGGGUCGUUGGCGCUGAACGUGCAAACAUAGACAUGGACAAAGGCGGGAUGGGGCGGCCACGAGUCAUCUCGCUCAAAGGGGGAAGAAUGCGGGACGGGUCGUGCCGAAUGGAGAAGGAUCCCUCUGGGCUGCCGGGCUCCAGGGAGGGCAGCGAACGGCUCGUAAAAGGCGCUGGAGGCAGGUCGCGGUGAUGUGGCACGCUCGGGAUUCUAAGAAUAGGCCGGCCGCGGGAGACAGCUGAAGUGGAUCGCCCAGGAAUUCCGGGGCCGGCUAGCUGCGGCGGCAUUUCGCUCGAAUAACUGCCGAAACCGGAAGAUGAAGGUCGCGUGUCGGCAGGCAAGACGUGCGAUGACGAGCUAGCGUAUGGUGCAGAGGGAUUCGGGAAUGGGCUGAACUGCUGCGAGUUUGAACCCUGCGGAGUGGCUUCGGGCUGAGCGCCCGGUCGACGCGCCUUUUGGCGCUGAUUCUGCAAAGCUUGAUCAGUAUUCGAUUGCAUCACCGCUACCUGCGACGUACUUGGAACCAGAUCUACG